UAUUUUACACAUACAAAGUUCGACUUAUAGACAUGCAUACUUUCGCACUUUAUGAAGACCCGCUGCAUGGCGAACAUCUGGUGAUAUCGGGAUAUGAAAUCGGCUUGAAUAUGGUUCCUGAUAAAAUGAAAAUCUCCGAUCCGAUUCUUCUGCGUCACAUCCUCUGUCUGUUGAUAGUGGCUCACAAUUGUUUUCACCUGAUUCUCUGCCGCCGGCAGUUAAAAUUGUGCAAAAGAAGCAAUGAUCCACCGUCGCUAAUGGAUGACAGUAUGUCGCCAGAAGCCUUCGAGGUCUCGAAGGAUAAGCAACUUCAUACGUCCUAUCUGGAGGUCUUCAAUCUAAUACUUGAUACCAUAUAUAGCUGUCUUGACCUGUACCUUUCCACAUUGGCGUACUUUUGGAAGAUCACGGUGGGCUGGUAUCGCUAUGCGGACGAUAUCUGGCUGAAUGUGACAUAUAUGACGAUGUUUUCCACAUAUCUGGUGAUUCGCAUGCUGCCAUCCCUAUUUUACGAGAAACUUGUCCUGGAUCCUAAAUUCAAUGUGGAUCCUGAAAAAUCACCGCCAUUAGUGGGUAUGAUUUGUGCGUUGGCUUUCGUCGUAGUUUUUCUGCAGAUUGCCAUAAUCCCGUUCACUGCUAUUUUCAUGGCCAUUCAGGAGUUAAAUGUGUGGUAUUGCAUCUUGCUCGUUUGGCUAAUUCUAGUGGGCCUGUCCCUGUUCAUUUUGGGCUUUGUUGGAAUUUUUGGGGUACCCUGUCUGGGCAAGAGCCGCAAAUUGGAGGAUGCGGAUAUUAAUGAUGAUUUAAAAGAAGUACUGCAUAGCUUCAAGUUUCCAGGGCGGGUUUAUCUGGUGCACACCUUUCAAAUAGGACGUCCCACUGCCUGGGUGAUGGGUUGCUUCUGUUGCCUGCGAUUGGAUAUCCACGACAACCUGAAGUUAAACCGCGGCCUGGACUCGGAUGACCUGGACUCGGGUGAGGUGGGAGCUGGCCUAAAGGACGAGCAGUUGGCCGCCUUUGUGGCCCACCAACUGGCCCACUGGCACUUGCGUCAUGUGGCCAAGGCCUUGGCUCUGAUUUACCUGAAUCUCUUCAUAUAUCUUGUGCUCUUUGGAUUGUGCUACAAUUGGCAGACCCUCUAUUGGGCUGCGGGCUUCACGCCACUGUAUCCUAAGACCGUGGGCUUCUGGCUGGUUUACAAAUACCUGAUGCCGGUAUUUCGCGACAUCAGCACUUGGAUGGUGUUCUUCUUCAUUCGGCACUUUGAGUACGCCGCAGAUGCCUAUGUCGUUCGACGGGGCUUCGGAUCAGCGAUGAAGGCUGCCCUGCUCAAACUUUUCACGGAUGAUAACGAGUUCCCCUACGUGGACCACUGGUACCUCAUGUGGCAUCGCUUGAGGCCUUCUAUUCUGCAACGCAUCCAGCAUUUACAGCGAUUGAACAGGACACAUGCAGUUUCAGCUAUAUCUUUGAUUUAA